AUGCCUUCAAAUACUAUAAAAUAUCCAGAAGGUUGUAAGCCAAUCAGUACAAAUAUUAAAAAUACAGAGUUGUUGAAGCGAUUGAAGAUUUUAUCUGAAGUGUUGAAACGUGAGGUCACAAAUGAAGAAGCUGAUGCUCCGAACCGCUACAAAGAUUUGAUGUUUCAUUUGACUGAUUCACAGUUUUUGAACAACAAAAAUAGUGAUGUACAGUUGUUGUUGACGUGUUGUAUCGCAGAUCUUUUUCGGGUUUUCGCACCAAAUUCACCAAUUGAAAGUCUCUCUCUGCUCAAGGAUGUGUUACUAUUUAUAAUAACAGUAGUUGGAAAUAUUCCAACUAAGGGAAGUUCGACAUAUCAGUAUUAUUUAUAUCUUCUUGAGAACAUUUCGGUAGUAGAAACAAUGCAAAUUGCUCUAGAACUGGGAGAUGAUGCCUAUGUGAUUUUGCGGCAGUUAAUCAAACAAUCUCUUAAUAGUGUUAACGAGAAAAAUGCUGAUGAACACAUUCAAGGAAUGCUUAUGGGAAUAUGCUCUAAAUUGAUCCAAGGAGUUGACCAGAUUUCAAAUAUCGUCCUGGACGCAAUUUUCUUCUUCAUUGUGCAACCCCAAAAAAUAAAUAAUCGUGAAGCUUAUGUUAUGGCACGUGAUUUGAUUCGAACAAAUCAAACAACAUUGGAACCAUAUGUUGCUUUGCUAUUAAAGCGUGGAUUGGAAACAGGCAUUUUGGAUGAAUGUGAAUUAAUUUCUCAGAAAAAAUUAUACGAUUUGAUUUGCGAGCUGCAUAAAAUUGCUCCGGAAAUGAUUUCCUCCGUACUUCCAAUAUUAGUCAAUCAGAUGCAUAGUGAAGAUGCUGUUGUGCGUCGUGAAGCCGUUCGUUUAUUUGGGAAUCUUUUUGGUGAUCCGAAUUCGCGUAUGGCUGAAGACGAACCCGAAGUUUGGAACGAAUAUAUGAAACGCUUUGCUGAUGUGAAUGAAGAAAUCCGCCGUAUUUGUACCAGAAAUGCUGAAGAUAUUCUCGUUUUUCAUCCAGAAUUAAGGGGACAAGUGACAGAUGCUGUUAUUUUGCGUUGUCAGGAUCUGGAUGAGAACGUACGUUUGGAAGUCUUUACGAUGGUUCAAGGACUGGCAAAACGGAAAUUCGAAGCUUUAAGUGAGAGACUUCUUAUACAUGUCAUCGACAGAAUUCGAGAUAAAAAGGUCAGAGUUCGGCAUGCGGUGAUUCGUGGACUUUCCCAUCUUCAUCGUUCAAUUUUUAGUAACGAUGAGUUGACAAAUUUGGAACGGUCCUCCGUCUCUAACAUAUUCUCUGCUAUUAUGAAUCAUUACUAUCAACCACUUUUGGAGGAUAGGUUAUUAACGGAGAAAAUAUUUGUUCUUAAUUUGAUUCCGUACAAACUAGAUGAAGGCAAACGUAUGAAAAUAUUGGUUGAUAUUUUCUUGAAUAUGAACAAUUAUGCUAUAAAACCUUUGGAACAAAUUUUGAUGAAGCAAUCAUUUCAACGACGGCUUUUACGUAACCUGGUAAAAUUGAUUGAACAGAGCGUUGAACCACAAAAAGGGAAAACAAUCGAUGAUGUUAUCAGAGGCAUCGUUGAGUGCAAUCCCGAACCAGCAAAAUUUUCGCUUGUUUUUAGGCAGUUUAUGACACACUUAACAAAUGACAAGCAGAUAUUAUUGUCGUUGAAGUAUAUUACGGGAAAAGAAUACACCUGCCAAAAGAUUGAGUCGGCUGUUGUGGAAAUUUUACAACGCUUACGAGAUUAUAAAGUAUCUAUGGAAUGUUUGGAUGCGGUGAGAUGUUUGUUUGAAUGCUGUUCACCGCUUCAGUUUGACGGGACCGCAGUAUCGGUAUUGGUUGAUAUCGUAAUCACGUUAAUUAAAGAGAGUAUCGAUUCCAAUCAAUUUAAUCGUCCCCAUAAAUUAAUUAAACUUCUGAAGACAGUUGCAGGUGCAUACCCACACUGCUUUGUAAAUGGACCUACAUUGGAAGGUCUGGUAAAAUUGAUCGAGAUCGAAGGCUUUUCCGAAACAGAAAAUUUGCUUGUGCUGGUGAUUACAAUUUCUACUGAACUUAAGCAACAACAGCUUCUAGCUAAAGAUAUGAUUGAUAAAUAUGUGAAGUACUGCGAAUGCAUUAGUCUUAAUGGCACUCCGCGUGCUGCGAAGUAUGCUGUGCGUUGUAUUGCAAGGUUGUUGAACACAGAACAAGCUCGAGCAAAACUUGGAAACAUAUUUCAGGAUUCUUUGUUGCAUAUUUCGGCAUCUGAUCCACAAUGCUGUACAGCACUUAAAGCACUAAGUUCUUGCGUAGAAGUGGAUACUGUGCAGUUUUGCAACGAACUUCUUGAAAUACUCAAAACAAAAAUAAUGGAUUUAUUGCUUGACCGAAGUGGCAGUAGUAUAAUUUUUAAUCAACAGAGCAAUGCCAGUAAUUGUAGUGAGCAGUUCGAUGAUGGAAUAAUUUGCGAUGAAAAUUACGUAGAGAUUAAGAAGCACUGUCUGAAAUUCGUCGCGAAUUUUUUGGUAUCCGUAGCGCAGUUCUCGGAGUGUGAUGUUGAACCGUUGGCCAAAAACCUUCUGAAGCUGUAUUCGACUUUGUUGGAAACGAAGGGAGAUAUUUUCGAGAAACCUUGUGGCCGAACUCAUAUGGCUGAAUUUCGCAUACUGGCAGGAAGUUCAAUGUUAAAACUUGCAACAAAACCACGAUACGCGAAAUUUGUUACCGCUGAUGAUUUAAUUACACUCUCUGCACUUGCUUGUGAUGAAGAAUCUGAUAUGCGGCAUCGAUUUUUCGGUAAGCUUCAUAAACAUUUAAUGGCCCUUCAGCUGCGUGUUGAAUACAUGGGUCUGUUUGCUCUUGUUACUUUAUAUGAAGAUGCCGAUUUCCAAAAUAAGAUGCGUGUUUUGAUUGAUGCGAAUAUAACAAAAAGACGAAAAUACUUGGAAAGGUCGGAAAUGAAAGAAUUUGCACCAUAUUACCAACCUGAAUAUUGCAUUGCAUACGCAAUUUACAUACUUGCAAAGCUUCCAUCAUUUGAGUCUAUUAAAUAUGAACCCGAAUUACGGCGCUUAUCAGAAUCUAUCUGGUUUUUGUUGGAAAUUUUUAGUGCAAGAAAAGAACCGGGCAGUUUAGAAUUUAUUUACAACAUAUUCAAGACAAUCAAAAACAGCACAGAUUCAAAAUUGCAGGACUGUACAAAAGAGGAGCUGCAACAAAAAAAUGAGAAAAUUUGGGCGUUGUGUGAUAUUGGAAUACUGUUACUGUCUUACCGAGUGAAGAAUUUAAUGAAGGAUGUAGAAAGCAAACCACUGCUGAGUAAAAGAUUCUUUUUGAACAUGGGGAAAGCUAAUACUAAAGUAUACGUGCCGGCAUCGUUCGUCAAGCAGAUGAAAGUAAAGAAAGCAAACACGAAGUAUCAAAAAGCUGAUACUACGAAAAGAGCGACUAAAUCAUGUGUACGAAACUCUUUGACAAAUAAUCCAAGGCAGUCAAGGACAUCAAGGACAUCCAGUGACCUGAAAGUUGGCAGCAAGAGAGUCAUUAAUAAGAAACAUGUACGAAGUAAUACAAGUCAUAAAGUUCAGACGAACGAUGUUUCUCUCGACAGUGAAAUUGAUGAAGUUAUUGUUAAACGUUCUAGGCUUGUUUCUAAGGAAGAAAAACCACAACAGGCUUCCUUACUUUGGAGCGUGUCCGUGAAGAAUAGAAAAAAGGUGAGGAGACCAGCUUCAUUGGAAAGCUUGAAUGAUGGAAGUAAACCCGAAACAUCGGAAGCAAAUCCUAGUGACGAGGAUGAUCGAAAUAUUCAUGGUUCACUAGAAGAUUGCGACUACUCACCAAUUCGUCCAGUUCACAUGAGAAAUGUUGCCAUUACUCAUCAGCCGCCAAUUACAAGUUCAACACCAAUCGUCACCUCCAAGAGACGUGAAAAAAUCGUAACAGCGAGUGAAAAUAGUGUCGUUGGGCAUAAGGUCAAAGAUGAUGUUAGAGUAGUGGCAACCAAGAAAUUGAGCAAAGUGAAAUCAAAAAAUAGUGGCAAAUGUGGUAAAAUACGACAGUUAAGCACUACUGAAAACACAAAGCUGUCAGGUGAACAAGCUCGAACAAAAAUACCGGAGACGAGUGGCAUAGCAACACGACUGCGUUCACGACGAACGGUAAUUUCAUUUCCUGCUCAGCGUCCGAAUGUGCAAACAGCGAAGAAGUAG